AUGAGAGGGGACCCGGAAGCUUUAGAUCCCAAAAACGCAAGAGUAAAGUUGAUAGUAGGGAUACGAAUAUCAUUACUAAAAAUACAAAAAUCUUGCUUUAUUAAAGAUAUUAAAGAUAUUUAUUAUCAAUUAGCCAAUAAGAU